AUGGGCUAUGAUAAGGGUAGUACUGGCUGGUAUUUGAAAGUUGCUAAGCUUGCCAAAACACCAUCUGCUUCUGCAGUAGGAUCAGUUUCAGCAUCAGCCUCGGCCUCUGCUCCAGUUUUAACAGCAGCUCAAUCUUCCUCCUCACAAGAUCUUGGUUUAUCUUCAGAAGCACCUUCUUGUGAUCCCAUGGACAUCAGUUCUGCUCAUCCAAGUACUGAAGGUGAUGAUGAUGAUAAUGAUGAUGAUGAUACAAAUGAGGGUAAUUCUGACACUGAAGAUGAUGAAGGAAACACUGAAGAAGGAGAAGAGUCUCAAGAAGAAGGAGGAGAAGAAACAGCAAAAGGAGAUGAUUCUGUAGAAGAAGACUAG